GUGAACGGUUUGGAUGGUUUCAUGUGGCCGGGGCAGGAGCGCCUAGGCCAGGGGGUGGGCCUUGCCGGUUACGUCGCUGGGCCCCGCGCGAGCUCAAAGAAGGAUCUGCAGAUAUUGAGCGGCGCAUGGAAUCACACAUGCACUUUCAGGCGGGAGUUGUUGGCGGGUUUGGGCGAGACUCGGGGGUGCGUCGAAGGGUUCAGCCCCAUCUCACGCAGGAAGUUGCCCCUCAAGGUGCGCUGUGAGUUCCUGCAGAUGGUCGUCUUGGCUCCCCUCGCCUCCUUCAACAUGCGCUCGCCGGUUGCCACCCGGCUGUCCUGUUCAGAUGCUUCCGAGACUGGGUCGGGGGCGUGCGUGGCGAAGUGCCUUGCCCGUAUUGGCCGGGGGCAUGUCGCGAAGCAGCUCGCGACGGCGCUUGGGAGAGGCCGGGACUUGCUCGGGGUCGAUCUCGCUGUCUAUGCGGCCGUCGAGCGUUCUGAGGAGGGGCGCCGGGCCAUGAGCCAGGCAUGGCCGGGCGUCCUGCUAUUCGGCACCUCUGGGGAGCUGCUGGGGGAGCGAAUGCCCGAGCUGAGUCAGCGCGCGGCGCACCUGGCGAGGGAAGUAGAGGAUAUUAUCCGGGCUAAAUGGGAUUGGAUUGAGCUGGGGCAUUUGGUCACCUACGGAGGCACCAAGCUGGACAGCGAUAGGGGGAUCGCCCAGCACGUCACGACUACCUUCGGUCUGCGACCGUUGCUUAUCAAUCCCCAGGGUUGGAUGCAAGUGGACUGGCCUACUGUGGCCUGGAUGGAUUGCCAGUUCGAGGUGCACGGCCGCGUGGGCGUUCGCGGACCCCUUGGCCUCGACGCGGUUACGUUGGCACCCAAGGCGCCUCUUUGGAGCCGCCGCGUUAAUGUGGACGCGGACACGGGCGAAGCCGACCGCCAUGAUAUUUGUUGGAUGCCGGCCAUGUGCGGCAGGCCAGUGAACGGCUAUGAUUACGAG